AUGGCCUCUAUGGAGAGGAAACAUGAGAUCUGCAGCCCCUUCAUUCCACGGCGCAACGCUUUGCUGAAAACAAGUGCCGAAAUUAUCAGUGAAGCCAGACAAUCCUUGCGAGUUCAAUCCACCCAGCGACCAUUUACUCCCAGAGAUGGACACAGGCAGCUUUUUGGAAAGAGCUCUGUUCGUGCCAUUCAUGACAACAGGCCUCCAUCUACUUUUAGUCUUCAUGCUCAAAAUUUUGAUGCCCCUGAUUCAAGGCCAGGUUCAGGGAUUCGCCUCUCUCCACUGGACCAUAAGCCAAAGUUUCCAGUCCUCUGUGAUGCUGAGGAUGCAUUCAAAGCCUUUCCCAAACCCCCCGCUGACCCACUGGAAGUGAAGAAGGGGCUGGCAGGGGCACGGGCACGCCUUCUCAGGGCUGGAUCUCUCACCACAUUGCCUCCUAUAGAGAGACACACAGAUGAAAGAUUAAACCCAGGCCCGGGACAAAAGCAGCUGUCAGCUAAACAACUCCACAAAACAGAACACACCAAGGUCCACAGGGGCCCCCACAAACCAGGUCCACGCAGAACAGCCAGUGAAAGUAGAAUCAUUCAGCCUGGUGUUGACUCAGGAGUUAGACCCACAAACUGCUCGACAGGAGGGAGAACAGAGCUGGGGAAUGGAGACAACACCACAAGCACAGAGGAGGAUGCAGAGUCAUUGAUGUGGAAUGAUACGAUCGGUCCUCUUCUCCAACAACUGGAGACUGUGGCUGCAGGCAGCUCUGAGGGCUUGGUGGACCGUCUGUGUGAUUUGUGUGACGGUCUCCAUGGCACCUUGGCAGAAGCGGACAUGCUCGGCCGACGCUGUAAGAGGAGGUCAGGGAUUCUUCGAACACUGUUCCGCCUCAUCGACCUCAACUCUGCCCAGCUCAACCUGCACAUCGCCAAGCUCUGCCUCGCUCUGUUUGUCAGUGGAAACAACCUGCUCAACAUCUGUAAGCUCAUCUUCCAGAUCAGCCGCAGUGAAAGCAACGACAUCCUCUUCCAGAACAACUCUAUUAUAGACUCGUUACUGGGCGUACUGAGCAAUGCGGAUGUGUCAACAUCUGGAGAAGCUCUUUUGUACUGCGUUGGUACUCUGAAAUUUCUCUCAGGAAACAGUUCAAUCCUCAGACUCCUGCUGGACAAGAACUGCAUUGGUGUGGCUCGGAAACUUCUCCAGAGGCUUCACACAGUGGAGGAGACCCACUUCACUAUAUCAGGACACAUCCUUGUACAGCUGACAGCGACCCUGAGGAACCUUGCUGAUCACCCUGAUUCCCGUCCACUCUUUGUGUCCUUCUCUAUACUGUCAGAGCUUUGCCUGGUGCUGCAUCAUCACGGCAAAGACCAGGACAUCUGCACCAACAUUUCCAGAAUAUACAGUAAACUCUCCUCUUACUCAGAGUGCCGCCUCGCCCUGGCCCAGACCCCCGACUGCUACCGACUAUUUUUAGAACUGCUGAGCAAACAUCACCAAAAACAGGACCUUGUUGUGCGCCUUCUCUUCACCCUCGGGAACCUCACAGCCAAAAGCAACGAUGCUCGGCAGCAGCUCUUUCAGUGCGAGGGCUGCAUGGACACGCUCCUCCAACUGUACUACACCUACCAGCGAAGAGAUGCGUUACCACACACACCCUCGCAGGCAGGUGGCCUCUCCCCCAGGAAAAAACAUCCGGCUCCUUCCAUGAGCACACAGGAGGAGGACGACGUGCUGGUGAAGCUGGUCAGGGUGCUCGCGAACAUGUGCAUCCACCCGGCUGUAGGCCCAGCUUUGGCAACCAACACAGCCUGCAUUCAGCUUCUGAUGGAGACACUUGAGUUGCGGUCUGUGCAGGAGAGCGAGGAGCUGUUGGUGAAUGUGGCUGCCACCAUCAACAACCUGUCCUUCUACCAGGAAGAAAACUCUGCAAUCAAACUCAGUCAGCUGACCAUCGCAAAGCUAAUGUUGAAGUUGGUGCUCAGCUCCAGUAUGGACGCCAUGCUUGAGGCCACCCGUGUAUAUGGAAACUUGUCACAGUCCAAGGAUGUGAGGGACUUUAUUAUGCAUAACAAAGUGCACCAGUUUGUGGUGACGCUGCUUGACUCAAAAAACACUGAGAUGUGUUUUUCAGCCUGCGGGGUCCUCACCAACCUGGCUCUGGACCCUCCCAGCCGGGUCAGUCUCUCACUAGAGGGGGCUGCAGCCAAUCUGGUGGACUGUCUGAGAGACUUCGGACCAGGUGAUUGGCAGCUAGCUGGGCAGGUUUGUCAGGCAUUGUGGAACCUGAUCUGUCGCGAUUCGGAGAAGCUGCUGGAUACAAAGGAGAGAGAGUCCCUGCUGGAGGUCCUCACUAUAUACUUAGAUGGAGAGGAGGCUCUGAAGUGCAUAGAAAAUGAAGAUAUGAAGGAUUUUCACAGGGCAUGCUGGGAGUUGGAGUUCUUACCUGUAGCUCAAAAACUGCUGAAGACCCUCCAGCCUUCGGACCUGACAGCCUGACGCUCUGGGACAUGGAGAUAAGAGUCACGUUACCAUAGAAUUAAAUCCUUUAUCCUCAAUCAAACAAUAGAGGAUCAGUUUUUACUUCAUCUUAUCAGAAACAGUCACCUCUUGUAAGUUUAAAAGGUCGCUGUAAAAGUUAAAUAGUUGCCAUCAUGAUAGAGCAAGCAGAGUUGGUCAGCUUGAAUUGUGAAUUUCAAAUACUUCCACUUUUUUUUAAGUCAGAAGAAUUAUCAAAACACCAAUUAUUAAAACAUCUCAGAGUGCUGCUGCUGCAGCGUAGUGCACCUCCACUGUCCAACCAUACUCUCAGGUGUGUUCCCAGUGGUUGUCAUUUAGUAGAAUGACCAUAGACUGUAUAAAACAUGGACAAGCACCCGUGACGUCACCCACUGGUUUCGUGGAGUCGGUUUUGUGACCAAACCAUUGGCAUUUGAGCUGCGCCAUCUUGGAUUUUAGUGG